AUGUCAGAAAUACGGCAAAAUCUUUUAACAAUAAAAUCAUGUAAUCAAUUAACAAAUUCAAAUUUACCAAAUUAUGAAAAAUCACCAACUUCAAAAUUAUAUAAUAUAAAAUAUAAUCAACCAUUAAUAAAUGUUUUAAUGAUAAAAAAACCAUGGGAUUCAACAGUAAGAGAAGCAAUGAUUGAAUUAAUAAAUCAUUUACAUUUAAAUUAUCCUCAAAUUAAAGUAUUAGUUACAGAAGAUGUUGCAGAUGAAUUAAAUAAUGAAAAAACUACAUUAAAUCAAAUAUUAGAUAAACUGAUUGAUCAUAUUAUAUAUACUGGUAAAAAUAAAGAAAUUAUAAAUAAAGUUGAUUUAAUGAUUACAUUAGGUGGUGAUGGUACAAUUUUACGUGGUGUUUCAUUAUUUUCAAAUGUUAAAGUUCCUCCUGUAUUAUCUUUUGCAAUGGGUACCUUGGGGUUUUUAUUACCUUUUGAUUUUCAAAAUAAUAUGGAAUGUUUUAAAUCUGUAUAUGAAAAUAAAGCUUUAGCAUUACAUAGAAAUAGAUUAGAAUGUCAUGUUAUAAGAAAUGAUGAUGAAAAUGGAGGAGAUAGACAUCUUGAUGAACAGAAACAAAAUCACAACAACACUCCAGAAAAAAGAGAAAUGAUACAUGCAAUGAAUGAUGUAACGAUUCAUAGAGGUAGUUCUCCAAAUUUAACUUCAUUAGAUAUUUAUAUUGAUGGUGAAUUCUUUACAACUACAUACGCAGAUGGUGUAAUUUUUUCAACUCCCACAGGAUCAACUGCAUAUUCAUUAUCAGCAGGUGGAUCAAUAACUCAUCCUUCAGUUCCAUGUAUAUUAUUAACUCCCAUUUGUCCAAGAUCUUUAAGUUUUAGACCUUUAAUAUUACCAAGUACAUCAGAUAUAAUGAUAAAAUUAUCAAAAAAUAAUAGAAAUAAUUUUAUUGAAUUAACAAUUGAUGGAAUAAGUCAAGAUGAUUUACAUCCAGGUGAUGAAUUACAUAUAAAAUCAGAAACCAUAAUUUUAGCAAAUGAAAAAAUUAAACAACAAAAAUCAUUUAUUGAAAAAUUAAAAAAUAAUAAAGGAACAUAUAUUAAUAAUAUUGAAUAUAAUGAUCAAAAUGGUAUAUGGUGUGUUGCAAAUAAUGAAAAUCAAUGGGCAAAAGAUUUAAAUAGUUUAUUGGGUUUUAAUAGUUCAUUUAGAGAUCAAAAGGGAAAGAAACUGCAUUUAUAA